GAUCAACCCUCGUAGCAGUAGUGUUAUACACAUGAAAUCAGUACUAUUAGCACUUCACGUUCACAGUAUGGCACUAUUGUUAUACAUGAGAAUCUAGUACUACCACUUAAUGUUCACUGUAUGGCAACUGACAACAGUUUCCUGUCAUUAAUCAGAGAAUGGUCUUGUCUAGAAUCUGUGGUCAGUAGUUUUAUACUUUGACUUUAAAUAUUGGGUCGAAUGUUUCACUUUUUACAGUUUAAGUAUUCUGUAUUGUGUAAAUAAUUACAUUGUUUCAGCGAGUCAGAACGAGGACUUUAACCAAAAGUCUGAUAGUUUUGCACUUGUGAUAAGUUCCCAUGGUGAAGAAGUGGAAGAGAAGAAAGUUCGCUACCCGCCGAAAGGUGCGACGAUAUGGCGGCACCUCGUAUAGAUGACAUGAUAAUUUGCUUCGAGGAUGAUAAAGCUAAAGGCCUGAUUGGAAAACCAAAGCUCUUCUUCAUACAGGCUUGUAGGUCAAGGCAUGGAUUUCAACAUAAAAGAUUUGACUAUGGUGUCAAUAUCAAUGUGUCAGUGGGUGGUGCACUGUCAAACAUUCAGCCAUCUGAUGCCGGGGACCAUGGAGAUAAUGCUGUGUUGGACAGUCUGGAUUGUCUCACAGAGAUAGAAGAUAUAUAUAAGGAUUGCAUUGAUGAUGAUGAUGAGGAAUGGAAAGGUGACCAGGAGUCAGGUUCCAGUGAUGAAGACAGUAUUGUUUAUUCGCAUGAAGAUAUUUCUGAUGCCAAAGGUGAUCCUGAUUCGGGUAAAAUGCCGCCACCACCUGAUAUGGAUCUUCCCAAUCCACUGCUUCCAGCAAAGGAUGACAAGGGUCCUACCGUUCCUGCAGAUAGAGGGCCUCAGGACACGGACAUACCCCAAGAGCCACCAGGAGAUGAGGCAGAUGUGAAGCACUCCCAAGAUACAGGUGUAAUCCAAGCAUCACCAUUCGACAUUGUUCCUAUCAAAUGCCCUGAAGACUGCUUGCUUGUCUAUCCUGCCAUGUCAGGAAACAUGGCAUUUCGUCGUAAGGAUCUUGGAUCAAGAUUACUUCACUGUAUGCAUAAAGAAGAGAAUCUGCAAAAGCUGGUUCGAGGUCGUAAUUUACUACAGUACUUGACUGACGUGUCUGGAGAUAUGGCUAGGGUAGAAAUUAACUUUGAACCCGAUGUGAACGAAUACACAAAGGAGGAAGUCGAAGAAUUGAAGAAGAACAUGCCUUUUAAAGUUAAAACGGUAAUAUUGCACAGGCUACAGAAGCUUGUGGUUUUUGAACCGAAGACAAAGAAAUCGAUAAUGGCGGCAGUUCUGAAGAAAUUCAAGAAGAUGUUCAUUUGAAGUGAUGUUUUAACUUGUGCCAAAUUUGUAUGAUCAAUUGAGGUCAUGCAGAUGCCGUGUUCAUAUAGUAUUAUUUAACAAUUUUCUGGGUUGGUAGUACCCUUGACAUAUAUCCCUAUGUUGCACGUGCCUAAAUGUACAUAUAUAUAACACUGCUUCAAAGCAGCAGUAAUUAACUGUAUUCUUAAUCUGCAUGUAGAAAAUACUCAUUAGAUUUAUCUUUACUAAAUGUAUAAAGUAAUUGUUAAGUAAGAGAUAUACAAGCUUUAGCUUUAGAGCUAUUGUAAUCACACUGUGUCUGUCGUACUUUGUCAGCAGUUUGUCUGUUAACACUCUAGAGAUCACAAUUUUUGCCUAAUCUUCAUGAAGCUUGAUCAGAAUGUUACCCUCAACAAAAUCCUAGACACAUUCAUAACUGGGCCACCAAGGGUUAAAAACUAGGUCAGUACAUCACUAGGUCAAAUAGUAGGAAAACCAAGUUAACUCUCUCGAGGCUUUCUACCUCAUAUGCAUAAAACUUCAUUUGAAGGAACUUCUAUGAAUCUUAGGUCAAGUUUGAAACUGGAGUUUCUGAAGGCAAAAACUAAGUUACUAGGUCAAAUCUUAGGAAAUUCUUGUUAACUCGGCAGAGACCACAUUUUCUUAUUGAUCAUUGUAUAUUUUUUGUCAAUGUCUGUCUCCAUUAAAUCUAGAUCAAGUUUAAAGCUUUGUCAACUGAGGUCAAAAACUUGGUCACUAGGUUACUAGAAAAAAACUUGGUCAACAUUACUCUAUAGGCCACAUUUUCCAAUUUAUUUUCAUAAAAUUUGUUAGAAUGUUGUGUAUAGGAAAUGUAGGUAAAGUUUGAAACUAGAUAAUCUAGGUAAAAAGAUCACCCAGGGGCUAGUCUUCCCAAUAUGGCUUCAAGAAAAAGCGUGAAAAUAUCUGAAACCACUGGUCUGAUUUUGCAAUAAUUUCACAGCAAUGUUCCUUGGGUGACUCUCUAGUUACUUUGAUUUGUCUACAAACAUGAUUGGCAGGGUCUGGGAUAGUUUUCUCUAUACAUGUAUGUCUUUAAAAAAAAAUUAAUUUCUGAAGUCAGAAACUGCCCAAUUUUGAAAUAAUUCCAUAGAAAUGUACCUUGGGUGACCCCCUACCAAAAUUGUUCAGUCCAGCUGCGAAACUAAGGGGAGAAAUCUAGGGUCAUCAUGACCCUAUUGUUGUAUUGUGUUCAGCAAUAGAUAUAUAAAGUGUGUUCAACUUCACACUUAAUACAUAGCUGUGUUAAGACACAUAAAUGUUUUAAUAAGUUGUUCUAUUCAAAGAAAUUAGGUAGAGCUGUUGAACGCACCUAUUUAAGUUUUCGUAUGCGAGCUGAUAUGCAUUGUAAAGGUUCCAUAACCUUGUUUUGCAAUUUUACAAAAUCAUGCCCCUUUUUCGACUUUAAUAUUCAUUCAAUUGACAUAUAGCUGUUGAA